AUGUCUGGCCUUCCAACCCCUCGACAGGUGGCAGCCAACGUCCUCUCCGUGACUCUCAAAGCCACAGACUCUGGCCUUGAAAACUCCCACGUUCCCGACGUGACGGAGGAUUUUGAUGACAAUAAACUUCACUCCCGGAUCUCGAACGGGAUUGAGGCCUUUCGGGCCCAGGACAAGAUUCGUUAUGUUGACGGAAGGGGAAGAAUCCUUCCUGAUGUUUAUGCUGAAACAAGGCUGUUGAAUUUGCCUCCUGCGGUUACGGCUUUAUUGAUUGUUUUUAACAGGAAUCAUAACUACAUAGCCGACCUUCUGUUACGCAUUAACGAACGAGGCACCUGGGAACAAGAUAUUUCCAAACUCGCCCCCACGCCCCAAAAACUCAAACAACAAGAUCACGAGAUCUUUAACACUGCGCGUCUUAUUAACUCUUCCGCCUACGCUAACGUCGUCUUGGGAGACUACCUCGCUGCUAUCCUUGGCACAGUUCGAGAUGGUUCGAGUUGGACGCUGAACAUUGCUGGUGAGAGGAGAGAAGUGGACCAUCGAUUAUUGGAGAGGGGGACUGGGAACAGUUGUUCGGUUGGACUUUAUAGGCUACAUCCUAGUAUGAGUAAGGAGGAUGCGGAAUAUACCGAGCGGGCUUUUCAUCACUUGUUUGGUCCAGAAGUUGACUUUAACACGAUCAUUCCAAAGGACUUCGAGUACGGUCGCGUCAAAGACCGAAACGGUAACAAGGUCCAACUUCUCAGACUUGAGGAUCUCUCCGAGCCUCAGGCGAAAGACCUCAUCGAUGACGGGAAACCACUUGAUUACCUUCUUCCCGAGUACGACUACCGUGGAUUCACCGACGAAUCCGGUAGACCGAUUGCUAAUCCCCGUGACCCAAAGACGUUCAAAUACCCAGAUAUACUUCUUGCCAAAGCUCUCGUUAACGUCACAAGUGUUCCUGCACAUGCAUUCCAGGCUAGGGGUGUUCCCGGUGUGAUGAGGUCUAGGAACUGGGGCUGUUGUUCGUUGAAUGAGUUUAGGAGAUUUCUGGGGUUGAAGCCUUAUGCUACGUUUGAGGAAUGGAACUCUGAUAAGAGCGUUGCUGAUGCUGCCAGGAAGCUUUAUAGGAAUACGGAGAAUUUGGAACUGUAUGUCGACACCAUGUCUCGUGCUAUUCUAGCCGAUGCUGUCGCUCUCAUUCGUGGAGAUCGCUAUUUCACUUACGAUUACACACCCCUCAACCUUACAACAUGGGGUUUCAUUGAUAGUACCCGUAACGUCCACAACGCUUCUUGGGGUGGGGUCCUCACGAAGCUCGGUCAGGCGAAAGGGUAUACUUUCAUGCCUCAAAGCGAAACCAUUCUUAUCGCGGACUCCAACGGCAUUUACAACAGAAUAGGUGACCUGAAUAAUUCACACGGCCUCAUCACUCUUUACAGUCAAAAGAUCAAGGACGUGGAACUUAUCCCAGGCUACCUCAGUGCCAUCGAUAAUCCUCUUGUGUUUUCGCGCGCAACGAAACUUGUUCAGGAUAUUUUCGUCCCCUCGGCCGAGCUGGACGAUCACGGGAAGUGGUUCUACGAUAAGACGAUCGAAUUGAUUGGGCAGAAGAAAUAUGUCGUUUACGAGAAGGGACCGACGCUUGUGGACAUUGUGAAGGAUGUGUUGAGACUUGUUCCGGUUCAUUGGGCUUCGUAUCAGAUUGCUGGUCUUCCUGUCAAGUCCAAGUUCGAACCCCGCGGUUUCCUCUGCGAGCAACAGUUGUAUCAAAUACUCAGGGAGAUUCAUACGUAUAUCUUCGUUGAGGGUUCUCCAACUAUGCAAAUUCCUGAUCGGAGACAGGCGAGAAACAAUGUUGACCGUCUUCGUCUGUUUGUGAAAAUCAGUCUUAGGGAGGCCAAGGGCGGUAUUUCGGCUACGGUUCUUGGUGGCCUUGCCCACCUGUUGCUGGGAGGAACCCAUCAACAUCAUCGUGUCCUUCAACGUCUUCUUGACCUCAGCACUCCUGAAGAUGAGGCCGCUAACGAUGUAAUUAGCGUCAUCUCUACUGCUUCCAUCAAAGACAAGAGUGCCGAUGAUAACGCUGAGAAGAAGGCUCUUUACGACAAAAUUAUUGCUAUCGCAAGCAAGGGGUCUGAUUCCAGUACCAAUGCCACUCUUGAGGGUUACGUUCGCGAAGCUCUUCGCUUGGAUCCUGUGGUUGAAGGUGUCUACCGUAUCGUAACUAAAGAUAUCCCCGUCGGCUAUCUUACCUCCAAAGCUGGUGAUAGACUCUACUUUGACUUAGCCAGAGUCGGAAGGGACGAUCAAGCGUUCGAUUCCCCUGAGAUUAUAGAUCCUACCCGUCCCGCUUCCGCUUAUUCUACCUAUCGUGGUGAUACGGUAUUCAAGACUCUGGGCGAUGCCUUCGUUACCUGUGUUACUGCUCAGGUUCUUCGUGCUGUUUUCACCCAGCGUAACGUACAACGUACGAAGGGGGUUGCUGGAACUCUACGACGAUACCGUGAACCUGUCAUCCGCGUCGACGAUACCGUUCAAGCCACACCUGUCGAAGUGGACUUCAAGUCCGUCGACGAGGAUGGAAAUAUCGUUGACACUCCUUGGAAGGAAACCGUCUUCAAGUACACACUCACGCCUGGUGAUCCAGAAGAAGCUGCCGAUCGGUGGUCGUAUCUGGACUCCGACAUAGGACAUAGGCCAAGCACCUGGGCUACUGGCCUCACUCUUAGCCCUCGUCUGAGAUGA